CCACCGCCACGUACAAAAAGGAGGUGGAGUAUCCCGUGGACGGAGGCGUCUUAAACGAUGUUGUUGACGGCCAUGAUGUGCUUUCUCAGGCCUUUCCGACCAAGGACCGGGUCUACCUUGACAAGCUCGGGGACGUCAGGAUCUACGACGGUGGGAUGGACCUCGUCGUCCAAGGUGCCUUUAUGCUCAUGGAGAGUAAUAAGAGGCAGCGGCGGGAGAUUGCCCGGCUGAGGGAGAUUGAGCAGAAGACUGCUUCGGCCGAGGAGGCCAUGGCUUGCUUAGAUCAGCUGAGGGCCGAUGUGGCGAACCUGCAGAGAAGGUCCGAUGAGGCCGAUGCGGCCUACCAUCAAGUGGCUGCCGCCAUGGAUGAUGCCCUGGCCAAGCUAGCCGAGGAGAGGGAGGCACGUGAGGCUGGCUGCCAUCGUGCUGAUGAGGCCGAGAAGGCCAAAGCUGCUGCCGCGGAGAAGGUCGUUGAUGCUGCCAUUAAGAAGUUCUUGGAGGAAGGCUGGAAGGCCGAUGAGCACCUGCCUUGGUGCUAUGAAGUUGUGGAUGCCAAGCUCGAGGAUUGGGGCGAGAACUCCCCUGCCGACCAGGAAUACUUUGAGAGGGAGAUGUCGAUAUACUACGACAUGGGCCAGCAAAGGAUGCAACGACUUAUAUACCGUAAGCUGCGCCGGGCCCUUAAGAAGCUGAAGGUUACCCGAAAGUGGGCUAGAAAAAACCUGAAGCUUUCCAAAAAUAUGAAGGAUCCUGAGGCCGAGGCCAAGCUCCCCCCUUCUGAGAGGCAGGCUCCUGUGGAAAGCUCCGGCAUCAACGAGUCUGACUGGUCCGAUAAUGACGCCCUGGCCGAUACUGCCGUCUCUGCGGUAGGCGAAGCCAGUGUGGAUGCAG